AUGUAUGUGAAAUGGUUUGAUACAGGAAUGUUAUACUAUGUGAUUUUACUGUAUUUAGUGAAUGUCACUUUUUGACAUUUUCAAAUUUCCGCCGUUCCGUCCCCCGUAUGUCCCGACGCUCGCAGGGGACGGAACCCAGAUGACAGAUGCCGGCAUACCGCCGGAUUAUGUUGCCGGGGACACUGCAGGGGGACAUCGCGGGAGCGCAGGACAAGGUAAGUGCAGAAGAGAUCCCGGAGCAACGCUGCAGUGUAUUCCCGAGUGUAGCUGGGGGGGGGGGGUUACCGCUUGUGGUGCUGAAACUUUACCCCGAGCUACACUCGGGAAUACCACCAGGGAGGUUAAGUAACUCAAAUGGCAUGUUUUGACCUC